AUGCGUAUCGACCUGUCUCAUUUCCGCAACCUCCCCCCGCGGGUGCUUCGCAAUAUUGUGGCCUUUACUGGUGUCUUCAUCGUCAUUUUGACAACUGGAAUCCUCGUCGUCCAAUGGCGUAGCGCAGGCCCAGCUGCCCACGCGGUAGCUGAAGACUCCAAAAACGCUUCAGUGGUAGUUGAGAAACCUGUGCUUUAUCCUCCGAUGGGGCAGAUUCCCUGGUGGACAACAGAACAAGAGCGGCCCAAGUUUGCCUACGCCCAGUAUGCCACAAACUUGGACUAUCUCUGCAACUCGGUCAUCAAUUUUACGAAGUUGCGCAGGUUUGGGGCCAAGUAUGACUUGGUCCUCAUCUACCCGACGGCGUGGUCGGAAGGCACUUCAAAGGAAGCACAGGCUAUUUCCAAGAUCCGAGAACAUCUUCCAGAUGUCCAUCUCCGACCUUUUGAUGUUAUUUCCACAAACAAGGGCGAUUCCACAUGGGCUGACAGCCUGACUAAAUUUCACUCGUUUGCUUUGACCGAAUGGACCCGAGUCUUGGCUUUUGAUUCGGAUGCUCUCGUCCUCAACUCGAUGGACCAUUACUUUCUCAGCCCGAUGGCCGCGGUGGCCGUGCCCCGUGCCUACUGGUUGACCGAGAAGGACAAGGACAUGGAUAUCGCCAAGCAAGUACUCGGCUCGCAUGUCAUGCUCCUGGAGCCCAAUGAGCAUCGCUACCAGCAGAUCAUUGAAGAAGCCAAGCGAUCUGGCGAGUUUGACAUGGAAGUUCUCAACCACUUGUUCAAAGACUCGGCCAUGAUUCUCCCUCACCGCAGGCUUGCCCUCUUAACCGGAGAGUUUCGAAACAAGGACCACUCCAAGUACUUGGCGCCAGAUGUGGACGAGGAGUGGAACGCCAUGGGCGAGGUUUCGCGGUCCGUCCUGGUCCAUUUUAGUGACUGGCCUCUACCGAAGCCAUGGAUGCAUAGGACCAAGGAGCAAUUCGAGAGUGUUAUGCCGGAAUGUCCAGACGAUGACAUGGGAGCUCCAGACAGACCUAGAUGUGCGGAUCGAAUGAUGUGGACGGGGUUUUAUGAAGACUAUGACCUCGCGAAGGAGGCGUAUUGUUCGAUCUUGCACGAUUAG